CUCAACCGCUUUUAAAUACACGAGAGCUUCACAUAACUUCCCCAUUCUCUUCUCUCACAUUCUCUCUAUCUCUCUUUAGAAAAAAAUGGAUAGAAGUGGUAAAACGUUUGGAGAACAAUAUUGGUGGAGGUCAAAUCCAGCGUUCAAACCGCCCGAAACGCCGUUAGAUUCGAUGGAGUUUCUCUCACGUACUUGGAGCCCUUCCGCGACCGAAGUUUCUAGAGCGGUCGUCGCUUCUCCUCCUCUGAGCUCUCAACCGCCGCAAAUGCGUUUCUCGGAGAUACAGAGCGGUUCUUCUGACGUCACUUUGGUCCCGGAGGAUGAAGAGAACGGUGUCGUUGCCGGAAACACUUUCUCUUUCGCUUCUUCCGAGACUUCUUUGAUGGUCAUGGAACGUAUCAUGGCUCAGUCUCCGGAGAUUUCAUCACCACGGACCUCAGGGAGACUAUCACAUAGCUCUUUCACCGACAGCCCUCCGAUCUCUCCCUCGGACAUCGACGACUUUAAGCAAUUCUACCGUAUAAGCCCAUCCUUUAAUGGGCACAUACGUGGUCCAUCCGCCAUCCCCGGCACCGCAGGAGGGUCUAAAACUGUUGGUCGUUGGCUAAAGGACCGGCGAGAGAAGAAGAGAGAGGAGACGCGUGCACAGAACGCACAGCUCCAUGCAUCUGUCUCCGUAGCUGGUGUGGCUGCCGCGGUUGCUGCUAUCGCUGCAGCCACGGCCUCUCAGACAAGUGCCGGAACGGACGAGAAAGUGGCCAAGAAUGACUCGGCGGUAGCUUCUGCCGCCACUUUGGUAGCGGCGCAGUGUGUGGAGGCGGCAGAGAUUAUGGGAGCUGAUCGUGAGCACUUGGCCUCCAUUGUCAGUUCUGCUGUCAACGUUCGUUCUGCCGGGGAUAUCAUGACUUUGACCGCCGCCGCUGCCACAGCUUUAAGGGGAGCUGCGACAUUGAAGGCGAGGGCUUUGAAGGAGGUAUGGAACAUCGCGGCUGUGAUUCCAGUAGAUAAGGGUAUACCAAAAGUAAGUGGUGGUGGUUACAGAGGAGGCGAGUUAGCUCCCGAGGACAAUUUCCUCGGGGUUUGCAGUAAAGAAUUGCUAGCUAAAGGUUGCGAAUUGCUUAAACGCACCCGCAAAGGUGAUCUUCAUUGGAAAGUUGUUUCGAUCUACAUAAAUAGAACAAAGCAGGUAGUGUUGAAGACUAAGAGCAAACAUGUUGCUGGGACCAUUACAAAGAAGAAAAAGAAUGUGGUGGUGGAAUUGGUCAAGGGAUUACCGGCAUGGCCUGGUCGGGAAUUGCUCGAGGGUGGAGAGAAUCUGAGGUAUUUCGGGCUUAAGACGUUUGAGAAAAGAGUGAUUGAAUUCGAGUGCAAAAGCCAAAGGGAAUAUGAUCUUUGGACACAAGGUGUUUCCAUGCUUCUUUCCAUUGCUUCUGAUAGGAAACAUAAAUGUUGAAUAAAGGUAUAGUCUUGGCCUCUUGGGGUAAAGUCAGAAUAAAAAUGGAUACUAAUGGGGCAAUUUGGAUUAUCUCUCUUUUUUUUUGGUGUUUUUUUUUUUUUUUUUUUUUUUUUCUAGCUGGAUUCUGGAAGAGAUAAGGUGAUUAAGCCGUCUAUUUUUUCUUUUCUUUUAAAGUAAGGUCAUUGUAGUCAAAGAAUAUGUAAAUUACUUCUACUCUCGUUUUGUAAGCUUAUGGUGAUUGGGAAAUCGGACGAAAGUUAUGUUUUUGUUUCUUGUGGGGAUAUUGUGGUAUAGAAAAUACCGUGUGAACUUCUUUUAAUGUUUUUGAAACUUUACUCUUCUA